AUGGAACUUGCCAUAAGGCUUUUCUUCAAUGGACACAUGCUCCUAGGAGACAUCGACACCUCUGGCAAUGGUCGAGGCAACAAGACCCCACUCGACGUCAAUCCGCCCACAGGCAACCAGAGCAGCGUCCCCUUGGCAUUUUCAGAAGCCAAUUGGGGUGCGCACACGAGGGCUUACAUGGCAUCUAUCACACGCUUGCCAGACUCGGUCCUUAUCCGAAACUCCGAGCUUGCACAGAGCCUCGCCAUGAAGAGGCGUGGCGGCGCGUGGAUGGAUGUGGACGAAGAAUCUGGGGAUGAGCGAGCGCUCAUUUUCUAG